CCGCCUGACCCCUUUGCGCCAAACCACCUCCAGCAGCCCAAAAUCACUAUCCAGCAUCUGUUGCCUUACUGCACGAAACGCGGCGUGCUGAAUGAAGCGGAUAUCACAAAUCUGGCGGAGGUGGCGGGGAGUUUGAGGGAGUUGGUUGCGAUGGCGUUGCGAGGGGAGGUGGAUGCGCUGGGAAGGGAUGUGCUGGAGGGGGCGAUGGGGGUGGAGAUGGCGCAGGGGGUUCGGGAGUUUUGGGGGGAGGAGUGGGUUGUUGACUGA